AUGCCGUUCGCUUUGCUGUGGCUGGGAAAUAGGAACCCGCCAGCUCUCAGCGAGUGGUGGAGGAUGCCAGAGCCUCACUCGGCUGCCUCAAAAGCUGGAGAGCAGCAGUUACGUGUUGGACUAGGCCUGCGAGUGAUCGGUUACCGCUGGUCACCAGGAUGUGGCAAGCAGGCCAAGAAAUUUAUGGGUUUACAGUUACUCAAACAAGUUAUUGCAAGGCCACAGAAGGUGGAGCAAUCCACCUUGUACAUACUUUGCUGUGAGAGCGUGCCCGAAGGUCCUUAUCACAAGCAGGGAAGUGACUGCUGUAUUUUGCUUUACCGCCCCCGUUUGGCAGCGCAGACAGUCGUCCCCCUCCGGCACUGUAAGAUCCCAGAGCUGCCUGUGGAGAGGAGUGUGCUGUUUGAACUUCAGCUCUUCUUCUGUCACCUCGUUGCUCUGUUUGUCCACUACAUCAACAUCUACAAAACGGUGUGGUGGUACCCACCCUCGCACCCGCCUUCGCACACGUCGCUGAACUUUCAUCUUAUUGACUUCAACGUGCUGACAGUGACAACGAUCGUCCUGGCACGCCGGCUGAUCGGUGCUAUCGUGAAGGAGGCUUCGCAGAGUGGCAAAGUCUCCCUGCCACGCUCCGUUUUCUUGGUGAUCACUCGGUUUGCCGUUCUCACUGGCACAGGCUGGAGUUUGUGUCGAUCAAUAAUUCACCUUUUCAGAACCUACUCUUUCCUUAACCUCCUGUUCCUGUGUUACCCGUUUGGCAUGUACAUUCCCUUCCUUCAGCUGAACUGUGACUUGCGGAAGGCGGGUCUCUUCUCCCAGGUGGCCAACAUCGGUCCCAGGGAGACCAGCGAGGUGAGCUCCAGGGGCAGAGACUACCUGACCGUCCUGAAGGAGACCUGGAAGCAGCACACUCGACAGAUGUACGGCAUGGAGGCCAUGCCCACGCACGCCUGCUGCCUCUCCCCAGAUCUCAUCCGCAACGAGGUGGAAUACCUGAAAAUGGACUUUAACUGGCGGAUGAAAGAGGUGCUGGUGAGCUCCAUGCUCAGCGCCUACUACGUGGCCUUUGUGCCGGUCUGGUUUGUGAAGAACACUCAGUACUAUGACAAACGCUGGUCCUGUGAGCUCUUCCUCCUGGUCUCCAUCAGCACCUCUGUGAUCCUGAUGCAGUACCUCCUACCUGCGCGCUACUGCGACCUGCUCCAUAAAGCCGCGGCGCACCUGGGCUGCUGGCAGAAGGUCGAUCCGGCCCUCUGCUCCAACGUGCUGCAGCAUCAGUGGACAGAGGAGUGCAUGUGGCCGCAGGGAGUGUUGGUGAAACACAGCAAGAACGUGUACAAAGCCGUGGGGCAUUACAACGUGGCGGUGCCCUCGGACGUCUCGCACUUCCGCUUCCACUUCUUUUUCAGCAAACCACUGCGAAUCCUCAACAUCCUGAUUCUGCUGGAAGGAGCCGUCAUCUUCUACCAGCUUUACUCGCUGAUUUCUUCGGAGAAGUGGCACCAGACUAUCUCGCUGGCUCUGAUCCUCUUCAGCAAUUACUACGCCUUCUUCAAGCUGCUGCGUGACCGUCUGGUGCUGGGCAAAGCCUACUCAUACUCUGCCAGCAGAGACUCAGAGCAGAAGUUAAAUUAAAACAAUUGCACUGAUGCUCGGCUUAUUACAGAACAAACGAAACAAGAAACCCUCAGAGCUUUGUAUUUUUGUUACCACUGCUUUUUUUUUCUUUGAUAACUGAUGUAAUUAAAAGGAAAAAACAUAUUUUUUUACUCCCAACA